CUUUCAUAAAUUUAUAAUUAUGGAUAAGGUCAAAAAUAAGCAAAAAACAACUGCUUCCACUUCUUCUAUCAUUAAACAACUCACAAAAGAUAGUCCAGAUAUAACUUAUGUACCUUACUCUUCUGAAUUACAACUUCCUGGAAUUAUGAGUUUAAUUGAAAAUGAUUUAUCUGAACCCUAUUCAAUAUACACAUAUCGUUAUUUCAUAAACAAUUGGCCUAAUUUAUGUUUCAUGGCAAUGGAUCAAGACAAAUGUAUUGGAGUUAUAAUCUGUAAACUGGAUCGACAUCGUGACGCUUUGCGUGGUUAUAUAGCCAUGUUGGCUGUAAAAAAAGAAUAUCGAAAGAGAAAGAUUGGUUUGUAUUUUUGA